AUGGAGGCGCUCGUUGCUCUGGGACUCGCUAGUAAUACAGUGCAGUUUCUUGAUUUCGCUACCAAGGUCUGUACCGAAGCCAUCGACAUCUACCAUAACGCGUCCGGCAAAUCAGUCUCCGAUACGCAGACCGAACGUCUUGUGAAGGGUUUCAUGGAAUCAAUCGACGCUCCAGUAUGGUCUCCUGCUGCUGAUUUGAUACCAACUAUUGACCAUGGAAAGCAUGAAUCUGCUUGCGUCCUGACAAGAAGAUCAAUUCCAGGCAUUGCAAUCAAAUGUGUUCGCGAAAUUGAUCGCAGCGAUUCGCGACUAAGUAUCAACGUUACCCCAGUGGCCUGGACCUACGAUCGAGAGGACGAGAUUGCUACUGCGGAGCUGCAUACGUUCAAAUGGAUCCUACAGCACUUCAAAACCGCGACGAACAAGUGGGAUGAUUUCAUCCAGUGGUUUGAGCAGGGAGAAUCGAUCUAUUGGGUCAACGAGAAAGCAGGUUCUGGAAAAUCUACCCUCAUGGAAUACAUCAGUCAUUACCCAGCGGUUAGAGGCUCACUUAGGUACUGGUCGGGUGCUACCAUAUUGAUCGUCGCUCGAUUCUUCUUCUGGCAUGGCGGCAAUGCUCUGAAAAGAACCCAGGAGGGUUCACUCAGGCCAUUACUCUUUCGAGUACUUACCAAUAAUCAUGAACUUGUACCAAUUGUGCUCUCGGACUCUGUCUCGAAAACGGACCCGUUCACCUGGACCUUGCCCAUGUUGACACAGGCGUUCAAGCGAUUGGUAGAACAGAAAGAGAUAGCUCUGAUCGAUGCUGAGCAACAUAAUGUGUAUCACGACUUCAGCAGCAUCUCCUUUGAAUCUCAAAUAACGAUUUGCAAGAACAUGACAGGACGAACCAAGAGUCACUGUGCGGGCUUUUUGGAAGUUACGAAUAUCUCGGGCAAGACACAGCCCAUCCAAUCAUUGCACAAAAGCGUCGAAGAUUUUCUGGAAACCCCUGAAAUCAUGUGGAGAGUCCAAAAGAGUUUAUCGGGUAAAGGCUUCUUCGUUCCGGAGUAUGCAAUAAUCACUGGUCAUCUGUUGGAGCUGAUGACUCUGAAAGCCGGGCUUUGCGAGAAGCAGUCACACGUUGACAACGUUUUGACUCAAGAGACCUGGAUGGACGAGGUACAACCCAUCGCGCUAUCGGCGGCACGUUGUCGUCGUUGCGCAGACUUACAGAUCGCUGGACCUGCGUCUGCUGCAGCAACCUUGUUGAAGUUCGCUCCAAAGGAGAUAGAGAGCUUGUGA